UAGGGGGCAGGAUCCAUCAAGCGGGCUGUUUCUCGGACCCGCCCCCCUCGGCUCUCUCGAAAGCUAAAGCGUGGCAGGGGCCGGGCCGGGGAAGCGGAGGAGGCGGGUCUCCAUAGAAACGUCCACCUGUUUCCGGCCAGGCUGUGCGAGAUUAGGGGCUGCUGCGGGGGCCAAUCUCAGCUAACUCGCUUUUUCCCGGCGGCCUUUGCGGGAGCGGUGGGUGUUGUACACAAUCAUCAUGGCGGCGGCCGGAGCCCCGGAUGGCAUGGAGGAACCUGGCAUGGACACGGAGGCCGAGACGGUGGCGACCGAGGCCCCCGCGCGGCCCCUGAACUGCGUGGAGGCCGAAGCCGCGGCGGGGGCGGCGGCGGCCGAGGACUCCUGCGCGGCGCGAGGCAACCUGCAGCCAGCCCCGGCCCAGCCCCCUGGGGACCCUGCGGCCCAGGCCUCGGUCAGCAACGGCGAAGACGCCGGCGGCGGCGCCGGCAGGGAGCUGGUGGACCUGAAGAUCAUCUGGAACAAGACUAAACACGACGUGAAGUUCCCCCUGGACAGCACAGGUUCCGAGCUGAAACAGAAGAUUCACUCGAUUACAGGUCUCCCUCCUGCCAUGCAGAAAGUCAUGUAUAAGGGACUUGUCCCCGAGGAUAAGACGUUGAGAGAAAUAAAAGUGACCAGCGGAGCCAAGAUCAUGGUGGUUGGCUCCACGAUAAAUGAUGUUUUAGCUGUAAACACACCCAAAGAUGCUGCCCAGCAGGAUGCAAAGGCCGAAGAGAACAAGAAGGAGCCACUCUGCAGGCAGAAACAACACAGGAAAGUGUUGGAUAAAGGAAAACCCGAAGAUGUGAUGCCAUCUGUUAAGGGUGCCCAGGAACGCCUGCCGACGGUACCCUUAUCUGGCAUGUACAAUAAGUCCGGAGGCAAAGUGAGGCUCACCUUCAAGCUAGAACAAGACCAGCUGUGGAUCGGCACUAAAGAGCGGACUGAGAAAUUGCCCAUGGGCUCCAUUAAAAAUGUGGUCAGUGAACCUAUCGAAGGACAUGAAGACUACCACAUGAUGAUUUGAAUUUUUGUUUCAAAAACCCAAAGAUGUCAGUUCCUGUUUUUGUACCUCAUCAAAGCUUCCUCUCCUGGCCUUUCUCCCACCAUGCUGCUGCUUGAGAAUGCGCGGUGGGAGAGGAAGAGCUGUUUGGUCUAGGACAGGGAGCUGUCGCGCUUGCUGUGCUGUUUGUCGAGCAGCGGAGUAUCUCACAGUGACUCCUGUCUAAACGUCUUGCCCCUUGGGCCCUGGUGUCUGCUCGUAUCCUGGUUGUCCAAUGCCCUCACUGUUUGGCUUCAAGGCCCAACCUGGCAUGGGUGUGCCUGGGCUACGCUGCCUAAAAGCCACAGUUCCCGGGCUGACAGACGCCUCUUCUAGGAGGAGCUGGAUGGAAGACCGUAUCUACAGCCAUAGAGCCACAGGCCCAGAUCUUCUUUCUUUCAAAGUUCUGAGAAAUUCUUAAGCAGUCCAAUGAUUAUUUCAAUUGUGCUUCUCCAUUUGGUCCUUCUGCUCAUGCAUUAUGUUCAAGUGUCCUUCAUCCCAGGUUCAGAGAUGCUGCCUUUCUCAAUUAAAAGACAUGUUGACCUAGUGGGUCGGCCGAUGUAUUUAAACAUCGAAAAUGGGAUAAAUUGCUUUCGUGAUUAGCUCACCCUCUUCUGGUUUUAGCCCUUACGUUCUUGGUACACGUGAGCUUCUGUUGUUUCCUUAUGGCUCGAUCGACUCUGACACGAGGGCGAGUCUCUUGGUGAUUGAUACCCUUUGUGCUCUUCGCUGUUUCUCUGCUGGCUGUCUUUGCAAUUCUCCUCUCCCUGGCUGCAGACUCUCAUAGUAAGGUUUGGCGAAAGAUUUUCCAAACUUCACAUUCUGGAUUCUAGGCUGUUCCCCCUCAUUCUGUGAAAUGUAAUUAGCAUGUGUUCGCCUAAGAUGACUAUUUGUGAGCCAGUUAAUGAUGAUACUCUACGCCCUUCCCUUCCAAGCUGUAGUUCAGGAAUCCAGCCCGUGUAGACAGACUUUGUGCUUUUCACGGUGUAGCCCAUGCCCAGUUAUACCUCUGGGCAGGGAAACCUACUCUUGCUUUUGUGGGGGGCACACGUACCAUAUGUGAAGUGUAGCAUCCAAGAAACUGCCUGUUUGUCAUCCCUUGAAGAAGGAGCAGUCACUGCAGCUUUUCUGUCCUCGUUGGCCUGCAGUUCCUGGAGAAAAGGGCUUCUUUGCUACUUGUCAGAGCCUCCCUCUGCAGGACAGGCCCACAGAGGAAAUGAUCACGUAGCAAGCAGAGGGUCCUCUUGGUUUGAAUACUGCCCUUUUUGUUGGCCAGCGCCCCUGUCCUGGAGACGUAUCCUGACAAUGCCACACACACCCAUUUUUGUUGUCGUGAAGCCAGUGUCUCCGUCCCCAGACUGGCCUCGCAGUGCUGCUCUCUCAGAGGCCCUUCCCGCCAGUCUCCUCGUUUGCCCUGUUUGGUGGGUGCCCGUGCUGUCUGCCCUCCCUCCCUCCCAGUGAGAGCGUGUGUCCCCUUGUCUCCCUGCUCCCCAAGGGCCAAACUGCUUCUCACUCAGGCUGCUGUCAUUUCUAGACAGGACCAAAGCCUGUGUGAGCCUUUUUCUUUUACGUAAAAUGGUGCUUUUUCCUUACUUCAAGAUACUAUAUAUAAAUAAUAAUGUCAAUGACAUCUUUUCGUACAGAGCCGUUGGAGUAUUGCUUUACAGAGCUCAGUAAAUUUGCUAGAACGAUCUUGAGCUCUGGCUCCUGACCCUGUCUGCGUCGAGACCUUGCUGGGAGCCCUCGGGAAAGCAGAGGUGGACAGCACCAGAAGCCACUGGGAGAAGUAUUUGACUUAGAUCCACGUCUGGGUCACAGCAGUAUUCACGGUUUUGUCACUCGGUCCCGUGAGCGGUCUCUUCCUUAACCUUGUUUAUGGUCCAGAAUGUACUGCCUAAAUCCGUGUUAGUAAAUGGAAGUCUUCAUCCCCAUAGGAGGCAUCACAGUGUUCGUUUUUCCUCAGGAGUGUUUCUCUGCACUUCCUUCCCUGUGGAGGGGGAUGGGCUCCUUCCCCGGGGUCUUGCCCUCCCUUGCCGUUGCAGGAGACAUGCAGGUGGGUGGCAUCAGGAGGAGCCGGUUCGAGGAGGAGCUCCUGCAUGCGGGGAGCAGGCUAGGGGCUUGCCAUCUCUUCUGUGCAGGGUGCUUCUCUGAGCCUCCUGAGGGCUGCUGCCUCUUCCAGGGUCUGUGCUGGCACUCCUCCUGCAGGUUUUGGCUAAUAGAUGUCAGGCCUUCUUCCCUCUCUGAGGCCACUUGGCAGAGUCACUACCAGGUAACCCCGGCCAGGGCCCAGGCAGAUUUGCGCAGCUCUGUCUCUGUCCGUCUGGGCCUCUGAAAAGCAGACUCGUGAGUUGCUGGACUCUCUGGGAUGAAGUAUUUUAAUUGAAGCGGGGCCUUUGGCAAGUAGCGUUGGCUCUUUUUUGGCAUGGUUGAACUGAGAUAAGGGAGCCCUGGUGGACACAGCGGGGGCUGGUGAGGCCUUAGUAGCCUCCUUAGCUGCUGCUCUACCUUACGGAGGGCCGAAGAGACCGACUCUGCCACUUUGCCACGUCUCAGAAAAAGUUGCCAUAUUUCAGCCAGAAGGGACUUGCUUUCCUGUUCCUCUUCCUAACCAUGUGCCUGGAGGCGCCAUCCUGGACUCUUGCACUUGGCCUUCCCGUUCUUUGCUGGGGCAGCGAAGGGGAAGGGAUAGACACCGUGUGCCAGGGCCGUGUAGGGCAGGCUUUCUUUCCACCCCGUCUUCUGGGGGAGACCUUUCUCUUGCUCCUUGCUGCUCUGUUCAUGCCUGUAGUCUUGGAAAAGGGUGGUCCCUUUGUCUUAAGGCUCUGUGAGGAAGUCCUCUCCAGUCAGGAUUGGCACCUGUUUCCUUCCUAAUAGGGCCGGGUGGCCUCUCUGAAGUUACAGGUGGUCAGGAGCCCUCCAAAGUGCAGAACAUCUGGCACAUCUACCUGCCAGGCUGGGUGGUUCUACUGCUUUCUAAAUUUCUAAAAAAACCUCUUUCCUUUUCUUUCUUAAAGAGUUCUGCAGAAUUAUUUGACAAUAUACGUAAGUACCAUGUUUCCUUGUGGUGUGCGCACUGUUCUGGUUUCUGUUUUUAAAUCAAAUGCCUGUUUGGGAGGAGAUGAACGUAUUUAGUCUAUUAGAUCUGCGCUGCUGGAUUUUUUUUUUUUUUUUUUAAAGUGUAACCUUGACUAGCUGUCUUAUUGUUUAUCCUGUAAGAUUAGUCUAUCAAUUAAAGUUUGAUAAUUAAUUGCGU